AUGCCAAACUUCUGGAUUCUUGAGAAUCGUAGGAGCUAUACGUCUGAUACAUGUAUGUCGAGGAUCGUGAAGGAGUACAAAGUCAUACUGAAAACAUUGGCCAGUGAUGACCCCAUAGCGAACCCCUACCGGGGGAUAAUCGAGUCACUUAACCCGAUUGACGAAACCGACUUGAGCAAGUGGGAAGCUAUAAUUUCUGGGCCGUCAGACACACCUUAUGAAAAUCAUCAGUUUCGAAUACUAAUAGAAGUCCCUAGUUCCUACCCCAUGAAUCCACCAAAGAUAAGUUUUAUGCAGAACAAUAUUUUGCACUGCAAUGUUAAAUCAGCCACAGGAGAAAUAUGUCUGAACAUCCUUAAACCAGAGGAGUGGACUCCUGUAUGGGAUUUGUUACACUGUGUUCAUGCUGUUUGGAGACUCCUAAGGGAACCCGUUUGUGAUUCUCCACUUGACGUAGACAUUGGUAAUAUCAUCCGCUGUGGCGAUAUGAGUGCCUAUCAGGGGAUUGUAAAGUACUUCCUAGCAGAAAGAGAGCGGAUCAACAACCAUUGA